AUGGCGUCCUUAAUCAUCCUGCGGGACCCGGAUGCGACGAAGAAGUUGCUCGAAACCAUCUUGGACAUGCCAGGUGGAAAGCGGUCUCUCAGUAGGCUCGCGAGAACCUGCAAAGGCAUAUGUGAGGCAGCACUUAACGUGCUAUGGAAGGAGCUGGACUCCCUAGUGCCUCUCAUCGGAUUAUUCCCGAACCACCUGCUACGCAGGACUCGGCGACCAGGCUUGGGCUUGACCAAGCCUCCCGCCGAAGGUGAUUGGGACAGGCUGCUUUCUUAUGGGAAACGCGUCCGGCGCAUCGCAUACAACGAGAGCGCGAACAACGUGGCCGCAUCCAUAUUCCCCAUCAUCGACGAAUAUCGUCCACAGACUUACAUUUUGCCGAACCUCACGUCCCUUACGUGGCGCGCCGACACCGCUGCCGGUUUGGAGAGGUGUCUCCUUUUCUUGACACCUGAUGUGAAGACGGUCGUCUUCGAGAUCAACAACAAGGUGUCGAAUCUCCCUAACGUCUUAAUCCAGCUCUCCAAUCGCACUCGUCUCCAUUCACUGUCGUUCACCUCCCAUACCGCUCUUCCUGACGAUUUCACGGAGUUGCUCAACCGCCAGAACGCGUUAGUUAAGCUGUCGCUGAACGCCCCGGGAGCCUUGUCAUCCACUGUAGGAAAGUGGGUCGCAUCCCAGUCGAAGCUCCGCUGCCUCGAGCUCGACUUGACCGCAAGGUCCAUCGUGGCGGUGGAAGGCUUUUUCGAGGAGAUCAAACCGCGCUCGGGAUACUCUACACCGAGUUCUGUGGGAGGUACGGAUAGUGGUGUCUUCUCCGCGGAUGAGCCAGACUUCUCAGAUAUCCGCAAGUCAGCACUUCGCCUGACUGGAGACGCUCCAUUGAGGGGCGUAUGCCCUCAGUUGCAGCAGCUCCAGCUGACUGGCGAGGCUGCGAAUAUCGCGGCGUUCAUGAGACAUCUCAACAGCCGGCUCGCAUAUCUGGACCUCGUGAUAGAGGACCCGCCCGAGACCAACGAUUGGCAUGAGCUUGCCACGACGAUCUGUGAACAGUUCGGCGGCUUUUUGCAGAUCCUAAAGCUCAGCGCUACAGGUUCAUCGAAGUUCUCCGAGCUCGUGCGAUCGACAAGUCGAGACGUCCCUCUGAAGCCGCUGUCGUUGGAAUAUCUAGCAUUCUUGCCCAAACUCCAUCGGCUCGACAUCGACCUUCCGGAGUCUGUCAUCUUCCACGACGCAGAUCUCGCGCACAUAGCACGGACGUGCCCCGAUAUCGAAGUUCUCCGGCUAUGCCCGCUGGCGAAGUUCACUACGACUCCUCCUAGUCUCACUUUGGAGGGAUUGAAGCCUUUGACGACAGAAUGUCGACGACUGCAUACCUUGGGAGUCGUGAUAGACGCGAGAGCCGCAGUGAUAAGGGACGACGAAUCCAUCCAGUCGUCAAGGUCUCUUCUCCGAUUGCACGUCGGUCAUUCCUGGAUCAAAGACCCUUUCCAGGUCGCCAUGAUCCUUAGUGAUCUCGCGCCUCAUCUGGACAUCCUGAAGUGGUUCCAGGAGAAAAACCGUUCCGUAGUCGAGGAGUACGCCAGGGCCUGGCAACAAGUCUCAGAGUUCCUCCCUCACUUGCAGAAUCUCCGACUUCGCGAACGGCGGAAGGCGGCUGUGGCGAAGCCAAUCACAGUGGAGGUCCCUGUCCCUGUUCUUCCACCUAGGCCAGAGGUUCGGGAGCAGGCUGUCGAUGCGACGGUGAUGAUGAUUAAUCAAGGAGUACUAGCCCGGCCGCGACUUCACGAGGUUUCGGUGCAGUCCUCGCCUGAGACAUCAGACGAGGGAGUCGAAGCCAUUCCCGAGGUCUCCUCAAUAUCCAUCGAUGCUACGCCAGCUGUCCAAGACGAAGGCGUCCUCGUUGUACCCUCGGUUUCCGAAGUUGCCGUCGAAGUCCACCCAACCACAUCCUCCGCUGUUGUGGACGCCACAUCCCAUCCAAAUUCAAAGUAUGUCGAGACCGUCGAUACCGCGGAUUCCAUGAGUGACGGCGAUCUCUCGACGUCGUCGUCAUCGUCAUCCGAGGAUUUACUCCGACCCACCUUCAGGAUUCCGUCUAUCAACGGGAUGUUCACGCUCGUUAAAGAUGUUUUCGUUUCUUAUCCGCUUUAUCUAUCAUUACGACUCCUCAACGUUUCGCUCUUGACGCUGGGAGCCAGAACAAGAGACGCAGAAAAAUCAGAGGCAAUCUCAGAAAAGUUGGAGACACCGGCGGGUUUGAUCGCAUCGCCGAGCCCAGCAGUGACGGACCUCGUUUCUCCUGUCGGUCUAUAA